AUGGCCGCCAAAGUGGAACGAUAUGAAAAUCUUCUCAUAGAACUUUUAAUGAGUCAAGACGCUAGUAAACAGCAAAUAAUACGAAAUGUGUUAACAGAGGCAAGUGAAGUCAUGAGUCGUUACGCAGAUGAUGACUCUGCCUCAGGCGACGAGGCAAAUGAAGAGGAGCAAUCUGUAUCUGUUGCGGGGUCUUCCCCUCGCUUUCAAGAUCGGCCUCGACACGCCCUUAUGGAGCUGCUUGGGUCUACGGGGUAUUUUGGAAGCGCCUCUGUUGUCCAUUGGAUGAAGGAUGUGAUGGUCAAGCUGGCUACAUAUGGAUUUGCUCGUCGUCCAGCGGCCAGUGGCCUUGACGGCUUAUCAGCCAUGACAACCGAGUCCCUAAAUGAAAUUAAUUCGCCUCUACUUCUGGGUUUUUCCUACUUUUCAAACGAUAUCCCUGAGCCCCAAUCAAUUACCACUGCGUUUCAAUUGCCCCCUGAAUCAACAGGAGAAGCACUACUAAACUCAUAUUUUUCGACUAUUCACAUGCAUUUUCCCAUUCUUGUGGAAAGAGAGUUUAUAUUGCAGUGGCGCUCAUAUUGUCAGACGACACAACCACCGAAUGGCAGCUGCCUUUGGGUGGCAAUUCUGAAUGUAGUAUUUGCUAUUGGGGCAUUAUAUGCUGAACGUGUCCAGAUCCAAUACGAAUGUCUGGAAAACCAUACCAUUUAUUGGAUUCGAUCCCAUGUUUUGGGGCAGGAGCCAAUUCAAAUGAUUGGUUUGCCUACAAUCGAGCACAUUCAACUCCUGACAAUCAGUGCUCUGUAUUGUAUUGCAAGCUACCAGAUCAACAGAGCUUGCUACUUGCUUUCUUUAGGAGUUCGAUACGCCUACAACCGAGCGUUGCACCUCUUAAACGCCACUUCGAGUUAUUCUGACGAAGAAACAGAGCUUCAAGUGAAGGUUUGGCAUUCACUUUGCUCCGCUGAACGAUUGGUUUCCCUCCUAACCGGACUUCCUUCUUCCAUUCAAGAUCGAUUCGUUCCCACACAGCUACCAAAUGCCGCCCAUCCUACCAGCAGGUUCGAAUCAGUUACUAUCAACUCUGUUUCUACUUGUCAUGCAUCACCGUAUUGUCUCAAUACUUUUGCCAAUGGUCUCCGCUUAGAUGCCAUUGUGCAAGAAACACUUGUUGCGUUAUACGGUUCAAACACGACAAGAUGGGCAUCAACACGAGUGCAACAAAUUGUCAUUGAGCUUGACGAAAAGCUUACUCAUUGGCAAGCCGACUUGGCACCAGGCGCCAUGAUAUGGGUAGAACACGGUAGUGAUGACAGUGCGCCCUUAGUAGAACGCAUGUACUUGUCUUUACGGUUCUUGGCUACAAGAAUACUUAUCAAUAGGCCUGGACUUUCUGAUACUUGCGAAUUAAAUACCGCAAUUUCACCUCAGUACGAACCCUCUCGGCGGUCGCUGGAGAUGGAUGCCGCAAUAAGAUGUAUAUCUGCGGCCAGGAGUCUGGCCCGAUUAUUCCCACAUCACUUUGACGCUGCCGAGUUCUACCGUACAUCCCCUUGGUGGUCGGUUGUCCAUUACCUGAUACAAGCCGGUGUGGUAUUAGUUAUGGAAAUAUCAUUUGAUGUACAGCAUCUUCCCACAGAGGCUGAUAACAUCAUUGCCGAGUCAGCACUCAUUAUUCGAUGGCUGCAGACUCUAUCUCAUACAAAUGACUCUAUUCACCGGGCGUAUAUGAGCUUGAAUCGACUCUUAGAGCUCGCUUUGGAAAAGGCUAGAAAGAAUCCCAACAGUGUUUUAGGGCUCACUUCGAACACUUCAGACCCCCAAACUACGCCCUCUAUAGUGCCCGCUUUCCAUGCCCGGGACCCCAGCUUUUCAUGA